UGAAAAUGAAGUCGAUUCACGUGUCUGGAAAGUUGAAACUUAUCAUAGCAGUUCUUGUUUUGCAACUUUGCUUUGCAGGGUUUCAUAUAGUGUCUAGGGUUGCACUCAAUAUCGGUGUUAGCAAAAUCGUUUAUCCUGUUUACAGAAACCUCCUUGCUUUGAUUCUUUUGGCUCCGAUUGCUUACUUCUACGAGAAGAAAGAAAGACCUCCCCUUACAUUUUCGUUACUAGUUCAGAUUUUCUUCCUGGCUUUAGUGGGAAUUACAGCCAACCAAGGGUUUUAUAUUCUAGGAUUGUACUAUGCAACCCCAACUUUUGCUUCUGCUAUGCAAAACUCAGUUCCUGCCAUCACAUUUCUCAUGGCUUCUGCUUUAAGGCUUGAGAAAGUAGACAUAGCAAGGAGAGAUGGGCUGGCAAAAGUUAUUGGUACCCUUGCAAGUGUAGGGGGUGCAAUGGUUAUUACUCUAUACAAAGGAUCUCCUCUUCUGCACAAAGAUGCACCGAUUGUCAACAACGAAGAUAUUACGCUUGCUGGCCCAACAAAAAUGCUAAACUGGACUUGGGGUUGUAUAUUCUUACUCGGUCACUGCUUAUCAUGGGCUGGUUGGAUGGUAUUUCAGGCUCCCAUUGUCAAGAAGUACCCGGCUAAACUUUCACUCACCUGUUUCACAUGCUUCUUUGGGUUGAUCCAAUUCAUUGUCAUAGCAGCAGUUUUUGAGAGGGACCCCGUCAAAUGGAAAAUCAAGUCCGGGGAAGAAAUUUUCACCAUCUUAUACGCCGGUAUCAUUUCAUCUGGAGUUGUCCUAUGGCUUCAAACAUGGUGCAUUCAGAAAGGCGGGCCUGUUUUUGUUGCCGUGUUCCAACCUGUGCAGACUGUUCUUGUUGCUAUCAUGGCAUUUGCAAUUCUUCAAGAUCAGUUGUACCUUGGAGGAUUGUUAGGGGCAGUGCUGAUAAUGAUUGGUCUGUACUCAGUACUAUGGGGCAAAACUGAAGAGCAAAGGAUAGUUGCAAGACCAGAAAACUCAUUGACAAAGCAACUACUCGAAGAUGAAGAAAAAGUUUCUGACAUCCCUUGAAUUGUAAAUAAAAAGUAGUAACAAGAAAAGAAGAAAGACCAUGCUUCUCUAUUAUCUGAUUCUAGCCAGAUAUCAAAACUAUGUUCUUAAUAUUCAUUGUAUUGUCAAUCUACAUUGAUGUGGCUUUUAUAGACGUGUCACUCUUGAGAUUGAAAUUUAAGCUUCAAAUAUUAUACUCUGGUAUUAAUAUUUAA